GCGGACCCCGCGGAGCUCGCGAAACUGACUGUACUUGAGAUUGACACACCUAAACAGGAAGCUACCGUCAGUUCUUUCGCUUGAAAAAGUUGUGAAGGAGUACUAGCAGUUUUAACUUUUAUACGAAAAAAAGAACCAUGGAUAAACUUCGUCGUGUGUUAAGUGGCCAAGAAGAGAACGAAGAAUUAGGCCUAACUGCUCAGGUCCUGGAUGCCUCUACGCUCAGCUACAGCACACGGGUGAAGUGGUUCGUCAUCUGUUUUGCCUGCGGGAUCCUGUGUUCAAUCCUCGGAACAGCACUUCUUUUCGUGAACGUUAAGCUCUUUGCUGUCUUCUACACAUUAGGGAACUUUGCAGCAUUGGGAAGCACGUGUUUCCUGAUGGGACCCCUGAAACAGCUGAAGCGCAUGUUUGAACCCACCAGGUUGAUUGCCACCAUAGUUAUGCUGCUCUGCUUAGCUUUGACCCUGUGUGCAGCCCUUUGGUGGGAUAGGAAGGGCCUCGCCAUCAUCUUUUGCAUACUACAGUUUCUGGCCAUGACAUGGUACAGCAUUUCCUACAUUCCCUUCGCCAGGGACGCUGUGCUGAAGUGCUUCACAACUUGCCUGAGUUAAUUUGGUUCCUGCAUCCCAGUUCACGUGAAGACUAGUGCACAUAUUGCAGUGUAAAAUGUACAUUAAUGAUUCUCCUAACUGUCUUAAAUGCUGUUCUUUUACCCCCAAAGAGCACUUAAUGACAGUAACAGUUGUUAAGUCCAUUUCCUGUUUAUUUUAUUCACCGGCUGAAUGAUUUUUAUUUUUUUUUUUACAGUGUGAAUGUUUUUGAUGAAUGGUGUUUGGAGAAAAAUAUUUAAAAAUCUUUAUAUUCUGUACUAAACUAUAAUAGCAGCUUUAUUUUGAUUGCCCAUAAGUGAAGAGGCCUUUUUGAAAAACUUAAAACAGAAUUAAUUCAUGUUGUGUCUGCAGUGCAGGAGAAAAAGCCCCUUUUUGCUGAGUGCUGUGUCUCUCCUUAAAUGAACAUUUUAAUAUUACUGUGUACCGGCAGCUUGGAGUUAAUUUUCUCAAAUGAUUUUCGGCUUUUCUGUGAAAGCUCUGCCCCAAACAAUAAAUGAAAAGUAUUUUUCCAUCUUCA